AAAGUGCUCCAUCGAAGUAUGAGCGGACCGCCGGGAUUGUCGAUCUUCAACGAUGGUGUUAGCAUCAAUCUUAAUCGCAGCGAUCGACAAAAUGGCCUGGAGGAGGAAGAGCUGCAGGAGGACCAACGGCGCCUGCAGGAGGAGCUGGCGAAUGAGGUGGAAAACGCAUUCGACGACGUGAUAUGUGACGAUAACGAUACGCUUAAUUCGUUCAGCCAUCGGUACUCCGAUGAGGAUGACGACACGGCUGGACAGAGCACUAGUAAACGACCGCCGGUUCCUUCGAUGGCGCCGCUAUCACCGAGACUGCUCUCAAAUCCGGCGUUGAAUCCAAUCGAACCGGGUCAAAUGGCUCCCCUGAACGAUUACGGUGGUGCUGCCCGGGAACUACGGUUACUGCUCGAAUCGAAAACCCGAGAACUAGAGCACGUUACACGCGAGCUGUACGAGCAGCGGCACAAACAUGAGCAGCAAAUGGGCGAGCUGGAAAAACGGUUGCUUAUCGAGCAGGCGGAAAAGGAUCGUGCCAAUAUGACGCGCGACCAAACCCGCGAACUGUUGGUGCAAAGCAAGACGAAGAUUUCCGAGGUCGAGGAUACGAACGAUAAGCUGCGCGCCAAGGUGUCCUCACUGGAGGAUGAACAGGUGAAGCUGGUGGCCGAGCUGGAACAGAAAAAUUUGAGGCUACAGGACACUUUGCUUCGGUACCGAAUGUUAGAGCAAAAUACGGCUCAAAAAGCUGAUCGCCAUACGGACGCGCUGCUGAAACAGAUAGAAGAACGGCACAACGCUAAGGUGACCAUGAUGCAACAGCAGAUAGACAAUCUGCGCAGCGAGCUGAAUGAACGGCAGCAGGAUUGCCGACGGCUAGAGGCACGCUACGCUGAGCUGCAAAAAUCGCGCGAAGCGAUGCUUGUGGAACAGUCCGAGACGGUACAACGGUUGCAGGAUCAGCUAGAAGAUUCACAGCGUCAGUGCUCGAAUUUGCUGUCGAAAAGUAAAGCGCAGGGUGAUUUCGAGCAAGAAAGGUUACAAAUGCGCAAUCGAAUACGCGCUCUAGAGCAGGAACAGUCGGGCUUGCAGCAAACCAUACACGAUCUCACGAACCGGCUGGAGAAAACGAAUGCCGAACUCGACCUGAUGGAUAGUUUGGUGCACGGACAGGUGGAUGUGGAUGAGGAAAACCCGGCAGACGGCAAAAGAAUGGGCGAUGCAACCACGGGUUAUACCUUUGCCAAACGAAAUCUGAUCGGAAGCACUCCGAACAAUAAUUUACGUGAUCGUGAUGGUGGUGGCGACGGAGGAGACAGUGAUAAUCGGGUGGUACGGCUUAAGAACGAGCUGCGUGUCUGUAUGGCGGGACAGAAGGAGAAGCGUGACCUGAUACGCCAGCUGGAAGCGAACCUGCAGGCGAAAGAUCGCGAACUGGAGCAGCUGAAACGGGACGAAAGCGACACGCUCGUACAAAUGAACCAGUACAAGGAGGAAGCAUUCCGGCUGACGUCUAAGUGUAGAAUACUGGAGCAAGAGCUGGUAAAGCUUACGGCGGAUGGAACGUCCUCGAAGCAAGACAACACAUUGAACCGAAGACGAUCGAGCGGCUGCGAUCUUCGGCAGGAAGCAUUUCUUGAGGACAAAAUUUUCUCCCUACAGCAAGCAAAGCUCGAGGCAGACGAACGUAUCCAGACACUCGAUCUUGAGAAUAAACAGCUAUCCGAACGGUGUGAAACGCUCCACAACGAAGUCAGCUCCUGUGCUGCGCUAAAGCUGGAGGUGGAAAAGCAAAAGUUUUUACUGCAGGACGCCCAAAAAGAAUGCGAACGAUUGAAGCGAUUGUACAUCGAAGUAAGCGGAGCAAAGGAGGAGCUUGGACGAGAACUGUCCACACUGCGAUCACAGGACAGUGCGAAGCAGAUUGCCGUCUUGCAGGAGCAAGUUGUUUCGCUGGAGCGGGCACUUCAGCUGGCCGAACUGAAGGCGAGCGAACUUGGGAAGUUGCUUGAUAAGGAGAAGACGAACCAUGAGGAACUGUUGAAGGAGGUAACAGCGGGUGCCGGAGCCAGCAGCAGUACGAUCGAUGGUAAAGCACAGCAAAGCCAUGGUGGAAGCUGUACGAAGUGCAUCGAUGCGUUGACACAAAUCUCAAAGUUGGAGAUCGAAAAUCUCAAGCUACAAUCGUCCUGCUCAUCACAGCUGCGUGAAAUAGCUGAGCUUAAGGUACAACUAAACGAUCAGGCAGCGACCGUAACGGAGCUACACAAACGGCUCGAUCUAAAGGCGGAACGCGAUCAACUGCUAGAUGAACUGAAGGAAAAAGCUGCCCAGUUCGAGCAGAUCAUACGCAAUCAGAUUUCGACCAACUCGUCUAGCACCACGUGCGACAGUGCCACCUCACCACUGCGGAGAGUUUCUUCCUCUCGGGAUCAAAGCGUCGGAACCGAUGACCCGAUGACGUUCGAGGAUCCGGAAUCGAGACGACAGAUGCGCGAGCUGGAGCAAAAGGUGCGCGAAGAGAUGGCAAAAGUCUACGCCGGGAAGGUGAACCAGAUAGAGGAAAAGUUCGUUGCACAGUUUAACCGAUUUAAGGAAAACAUCGAUACGCUCAAGAACGAGCUGUACGAUCGGGUGGCCGAAUUGAAGGUACGCAACCAGGAGGUAGAGGUGCUGAAGUGUGCCAUCGUAACCGAGCGCGAAAAGAUGGGUGAACUGUUGGCACAGAAGGACGCCGAUGCUCGGUCACUGUUCGAUAAGCAAUCGGAGCUGAUGGGCAAGUAUAAGACCGAGCUGGCGAAUGGACAGCAAAAAGUGCAAUUUCUCGAACGUGAGCUACAGGAGAAGCGUGAGCUGGCGGCCAACGAGCGACAGUCGAUGGAGAAGCUGAUCGCACAGAUCACUGCCGAGCGCAAGAUGUUCCGCGAGCGUGAGCAAGAAAUGAACGACCGGUUCAAGGAGGUGGAGAUGGAGUACCAGAAGAGUCUGGAUUUGGUGACUGAAAAGUAUCAAUCGGCGAAGAAAACCGCACUCAAUUAUAAGAAAUAUGCGGAAGACAAGGAGCAGCACAUGCUGAAGGAGUACGAUCGCAUCAAAGAAGGCUAUAAUGUGGCGCUCCAAAAGGUGCAAACACGCAUGAAGGAAGCGUUGGAAAGCAAAGAGCAAAGUUUGCGAGAACGGAUUGCUAAGAUGGAAGCUGAAUACGAAACAAAACUGCAGAUUAUUCGGCAGAAAAGUUAA